GGCCGAGAAGCCCUGGCCAUGGCCGCGUCGUCCUCCUCUAGGGGUGCGUCCUUCUCUGCCGGCGACGGGUUGCCUGAGAGUGAGAACUCAGGGGAGCCCGAGAACACCUAUAUUCUGCGGCCCAUUUUUCAGCAAAGGUUCAGACCCUCUGUUGUUAAAGACUGUAUCCAUGCUGUGCUCAAGGAGGAACUGGCGAAUGCUGAAUAUUCUCCCGAAGAAAUGCCACAGCUCACAAAACGCUUAUCAGAAAACAUUAAAGAUAAAUUAAAAGAAAUGGGAUUUGACCGAUAUAAAAUGGUGGUGCAAGUAGUGAUUGGAGAACAAAGAGGCGAAGGAGUAUUCAUGGCUGCUCGAUGUUUCUGGGAUGCUGACACUGACAACUACACUCAUGAUGUUUUCAUGAAUGACAGUUUAUUUUGUGUUGUAGCAACAUUCGGCUGUUUCUACUACUAAACCUUUGAAAAGCUGGGGAAAGAUAUGACCAUGAAGAAAUCUGAACUUUUUUAUUGUUAAAUAUUUUGACAAAAAUAAAGAUAAGUUAGCAGUUUGGCAACUGAA